GACAAAAUAAAUCGUCGAGAUUGAAGCGACCGUAAUGGACGCAACGCAAGAAAUAUAGUUUUGUGUUCGAUUUGUAUAGUGAAUUAAUAGUUUGUACGCAUUUGCGUAUGUUUACUUCGGUUUUUAGUUGUUAAUUAUAAUAGAUAUAAUGUAACCAUACAGCACUCAGAUUUAUUAACAAUUAAAAAUUACGUUUCUAGCCCUGAAUUAGGUUAUCAAUCGUUUGCUGCUAACAACAUUGAGUUCCACUAUCAUAUUAUCAGUUAAGUAUGGAGGUGGAAGCUGCUGUGCCCGCUGUAGAGCCAGUUUUAGAGCUCCCAUCGAAUGACAAUAAUAAGUUAAACGAAGUUAGUGAAAAACCAUUUUCAGUUCAAGAGGAUACAAGUCUCAAAUCGAAUGGUGUCGCCGAAUCGGCCAACGUAAUACCUUCACUAGCCGAAGCUGAUAAAAUCGAGACACACGGAGAAGUAGAAGCGGAUUCUAAUGUUUGUACGACUUCUUCAGAAACCAUUUCUGAAAAUGCAUCUAACAUACUGUGCAGUGCUGAAGUACCGCCAAUAGUAUCAAACAGUAAUGAAGAAAUGAUCAUAUCUGAAGGAGAUAACAUUGAAUCAACUUGUGAGUCAUUGGAGCAAGAACUGGAUGAGAAAGAAAUGACUGAAGGUAUUGUUAGCACUGUUGAAGAAACUAAAGUAAGUGAUGCAACUGAUGUACAGAUGGAAGAAAGUCUUGCAGAAUCUGAUAAUGUAGAUUCAGUAAGUAAUGAAAAUGUAAGGUUUGAGACUGAAAUUUUGGUGGAAUCAAAUGAUGUUAAUGAAGUGGAAAUAGAUAGCUCAAAACCUGAUGACACCAAUAAUAUUUUGAGUGAACUGGGUCAGAACAUAGAACUGAGUGAAGUCUUGCGAUCGUCAGAUGUUUCAGAGAACUCUGAUAAUAAUAACUGUGCGGUUAGGCAAGAGGUAUUUAAUAAGGAAGAACUGCUAGAUAUUUUAGAAGGCAAUGAUGCACAAUCUACUGCAGAUUAUCAUGCUGCUGAAGUCUUGCACUUGAAGUCCACCACACUGGAGGCACAAAUGGCUAUGGAGCAACUCUCAAGGUUAAGGAACGAUAGCAGAAAAAUUAAACAGAAUGUUUCUAUGAAUCGGAAAAGGUCUGUGCUCAAACCAACUAAUAUUAAAGGAGAAAAACCUAACAAGCAAGGGGAAAAAUCAACUAGAAAAGGGGAUAAACCAAACAACAAAGCGGAAAAACCAAACAACAAAGGGGAAAAACCAAACAAAGGUGAGAAAUCUAUCAAAGGUGAAAAAACAAAUGAAAAAGGUGAAAAACCAAAUGAAAAAGGUGAAAAACAAAAUGAAAAAGGUGAAAAACCAAAUGAAAAAGGUGAAAAACCCAAUGAAAAAGUUGAAAAUCAAAGUGAAAAACCCAAUGAAAAAGGUGAAAAAUCUAACAGCAAAUUAGAGAAGCCUAAAAACAAAGAGGAUAAACCAAACAGUAAAGAGGAGAGUAUUGUUAGCGCUCUUGUAAGUGACUGGGAUGAUGAGGAUCUUCCUGAUGAUGACAAUUCAAAAGUUAAUGAGUCGUCAGAAAGUCUCCCCAUAGAUCAAACAGAAAGUUUAGCAGUUAAAGAAGAACCUACAAACACUAAUAGGACAUCAAUUGACUCGGCAGCCAGUGAUGGACAAACACCCAUUGUAAAUAAAACCAUUGACGAUACUCAGCCUCAAAGGAGGUUAGGUCGUGUUAUUAAAAAGAAAGUUAUAUUUGACCCUGACAAUCCAGACACAUACACACAAAGCAAAACACAUAAAAACAAAGAAACCCAAAAUGAUGCACAGCCCAGCAAAAAAAUAAAAUUGGAGCAGACUGUGCAACGGCCAAAAUCAAAAUCACCUGUCUCUAAAAUGCAAUGGAAAAAGCCAACCCCCAAAAAUAGUAAACAAAUUAAGAGAUUGUCAGAAGUUGACAAACUGUUAAUGGAUGAAGGUGCAGUUAACAUGAUAUAUCAGCUCACCCCUGAGGCACCUAAAGGAAAGAAAAAUAUGAGAACUAAAGCAGAGUUUAUAAAGAAGUUGCAAAGUUCCACACCCGAGGGCAAGGAGAUGAAAUUCAGAGAAAGAAAGAAAGAAUGCCUCAAAAGUGAAGAUGCAGAAGCGAAAAAAAUAUCUGGAGGAAAGCAGAGAUCUUCCCUGAGCAGUUCUGUAAAGUCUCCUCAGGCCUGUGAAGAUUUUGAGACUCACAGUGCAGAUGAUUCAAUCAUUUACAGACGUCAUUCUUCAAGUUCAUAUUCUAGCAGUUGCAUGAGCCCCCGGCGACUGAGUGAUGUCGAAACUAAUGCAGGGGUCACAAAUACCUCACAAACAUCAAAAGACCAAACCAAUGUAAACUGUGAGGAUGGAGAUAUGGUUAUGGAUGUGGUACCGCAAGAAUCACCAAUCACUAAAGAAAUGAUUAAUAAGGAUGAUUGUUUGUCAAUCAAAAAGAAAUUAAAUUCAAAAUUAUCUCUAGCACUAAAUAAAAGAAAACGAGAAAGCAGUAAGACUGAUAAACCCACAAAGAAAAAAAUCAUUAAAACUGAAGGGGAUCACAAAGAAGAUGAUGUAGAAGUAGAUGUUUUUAAAUAUUUGUCUAUAACCUUUCAUAAAGGAGUGGCUAUAAUAAGUGUUCGGAAUACAGGGUUUAUCUAUAAUGCUGAUGUAUUAUAUGAAUUAGAAGAAGCAUUAUCUGGCGUCGAUAGAAGGAGCGACAUAUCUCUCACCCUCAUGACAUCAGAAUGUGGCACAUUGUGCUCAAAUUUGGACCUAACACCGUUAUUGGAGGACGACGAUGAAAAGAGGGCAGUAAACGCUCAACAUAUAGCUGAGGGUGUGAGAUCGGUGCUAUCGGCGGUGUCUCGGCACAGCAAGCUGGUGGUCGCGGGCGCGUGGGGCGCGUGCCGCGGCGUGGGGCUGGCGCUGCUGGCGCUCGCCGACGUGCCGCUGGCCGCAGAGGGCGCCAGCUUCGCGCUCGCUGGCCCCGCCCCACAAUCCGCUGGCCCCGCCCCGCACGCCGCUGGCCCCGCCCCCCGCGCCGCAAGCCUCACGCCCGGCGUGGUCGCUGUGGUUAGCGCGCAGCCGUUGCCGCAGUCAUUGGUCAAUGACUUAGUUAUAUUCGAGCGGCAGUUGUCUGCGUCGGAAGCUCUGCAGAGAGGCCUCGUGAGCCGCGUGCUGUGGCCCACCGGGGUCAUGGACCAGCUCCAAUCCAUCGUCAGCGAAAUCGCCAAUCAACCGGUACAAACUCUCCUGUUGAAAAAGAAAUUGCUGAAAUUAAGGACAAAUUCAGACAAUACAUUCCUGGCUCAAUUGGAGGCUGAGCGAGCUCUCUUCGUCGAGUAUUGGAGCUCGAAGGAAGGUCUGGAGACUCUUGCGCAUAGAGAAACAGAUCCUCUAAAAGGGGUAUAACUUUUCUGACAAUAGUGCUCAUUGAGAAACAUAAACACUUCUAAAGUAAAAUUGUCAUCUCAUGCAACCACAACACAGAGUUUUAAUUAAAAAAACGUUAUAAAUGUAUGGACAGAAGUUGAUGUGUGUUUAAAAAUAUCAAAAGUUUUCUGGAGUAGGAUAUACAUAUGUGUAAAUGUUUCAGAUUCAAGUCUAUUGAAGAGUUUGUGUGUUAAGAUAUGAUGAGUUAGAUAUUGAUGAUUGAAAUAGUUGGAGGUUGUUCAUUAUUUGAUUUAUAAUACACAGAUAAUGUUAGUGUGGACUGUUUUAUUAGGGCAAUCUAAGAAUUGGGUUCAACAUAGUUGCUUGAUUAAUAUGUGUGCAUAUUGAUGUUUUAAUUGGUUGUAAAUUUUACUUUAUCAAAUGUUCAUUUCAUGAUCCUGAUUGAAAUCUUUAACUUUAAUUCAAUUAAAUCUAUUCUUUUAUCAAAAUUAGCCUAUGUUGAACUUAUUAGCCUGGCGUCCAUUACUUCGCUCUAUAUAAGUAGCACAUUUUUCUUCGGUUUGGAUGCAUAGUUAAUAAAUUCUAACGAAUUAAUUCGUUUAGACGGCGUAAUGGACGGCAAGUCUUUUAAUUUAGUCGUAAAUGUUACGUUAUAGAUGAAAUUGUUUAUGUAUUUGUUUUAGAUGUUGAGUUUAUAAUUUAGAGCACAUAUGGUGUAUAUCCAGCCAAAGUUCUACACAAUCACUAGAUGCAUCAUAAUAUGAAGUGGCUAAUACGAGAAUAUUCAGUUUACAAAUUAAUAUUAAGAGUAUUCAUUCCUUUGACCCUAAAUUGACUGUUUUACGUUAAACUUCUUAUUCGUCAGUUUAUUUAGACUUAUUUAGUUUAUUAACAUCUUUGUAAGUUACUUAGUUAUAAGUAUAGAAAUAAUUUAUUUACUUUUCUUUAUUAAUUAAAAAUAAAGUGCCUUUCAUCAUAAUAUUAUAAUUUCAAUCAUACACAUUUAAACAAAUAAACUUAUAUACUAUAAAAACAUGGGUUUUGAUGCAACAUAACUUCUGUACCUCAUGGGGCUAGCUGGGAUGUGAUAGGACCAAGGGGUUCUGCAAUAUUUUCUUAUAGAUUAGUUGUUAUAGCACAGAGAAUACGAAAUUAGGAAGAUAUUAUUCAGUCUAUAUUACGUUGAUUAUUGAAUUAGAACAGUCUAUAUUACGUUGAUUAUUAAACGUUGAUUUUACAGAUAAAUAUAGAUUCACGCCUGCUACAUGGUCUACUGACAAGUUAUCGUGAGAGGAAUUAUUUUUUGUAAAGAAUAUUAGUAAUUUAUAAUAUAAAUAUGUAAUGUCUUCAUUCAAUAUGUAAUUCAUCAUCUUUUGGAUUCUGUACAUGGUCACAUUUCAUUAUCAAUACUAUGUACUAUGUAGGUAUCUCAUAGUAAAAAAUAAGUAUCUAUCAAUAUACACAGCAUUUAGUUUUGGGCUAAAAAGAUCAGCCGACUGGAGACCUUCUACAGAAGAAUCCUGAUUACAGCACUAAUAACAGAAGAUCUCACUUUCUUACAGUUGAUGGUAAGAAAUAAUACGUCAAACGAAUGAAUACAUACAUUCGUGUGUAUGUUAGGUAUUGUAUUAUUUUAUGCAGAAAAAUAUCUUUUAUACUAUGGUAUUCAUCAUAACUUAUUGUCCAUUAUAACCAUACAGAUUCGUUUCUUACAUUGACGUACGGUACGUACGAAAGAUGCCUUUUCUGGAUGCGCUAGUAUUGAUUGUUACACAAGGAAUGAAAUAGGAAUGUAUGCUUGUAUAACUUUAAAUCUCGAAUAUAAUUUAGAUAUUUACCUAAUAUGUAUUGUAUAUUAUAUAUUUUAUUACAUUUAUUAAGUAUACUAUAAUAAUUUAUGUCCGCGUGGGUUUCGCUGUGUCAAGUCUCGUUGCAAUCAUGUCACGUUCCUAAAAUCUGUUAAACUUUUUAACAAAAUAAUUUGAUGUGUAAAAUAAAAUAAAUAAUUUCUAUUUACCAUAAACUUGGAACUCCCUUCUUGCUCACUUACUGGUGAGAGUAGCCGCCAUUGAUGACGUGCCUCCGCUUGGACGCCGUCGGUUCUUUACAAACUAUCUUUGUCUACUUCUGACAAAUGUUUGUCAUCAUCAAUCAUCAUUAUUUUUUUGUGGGUUAAGCAUGGAAAUAUUAAACAAACCAUCAGACUACACUUACAUAAAUUAAUAUACAUUGAUUGUAAUACAAUACAAAUAAUUA